AUGGCUUUCCGACCGAGAUUGAAUCUCUUCUCUACCUUUCGAGCUGCUCCACCUGCUCGACUCUUCGCGACAGAGGCGCGGCUAACCUCGGACCAUGUUCGCAUUGUUGAAGUAGGUCCACGAGAUGGUCUACAGAACGAAAAGAAAUCUAUACCGCUUGAGACGAAGCUGCAGCUCAUCGAGAAGUUGGCGAAGACGGGAGUGACGACCAUUGAGGCGGGAUCUUUCGUACCUGCAAAAUGGGUUCCACAGAUGGCUAGCACUGCAGAAAUCUGUGAGCAUCUGCUCCGAUCACCGCCCCAGUCGCAGCAUGCUAUUGCUUAUAAUUACCUGGUACCGAACGUCAAGGGGCUUGAGUCUCUCAUCAAGGUUAUGGAUGCGACGUGUUCUACAGCAGAGACACCAGGCUCAGCUACCAAGCCUCCAACAACUACUGAAAUCUCACUCUUCGCUGCAGCAACUGAAGCAUUUUCCAAAGCCAACACCAAUUGUACCAUUGCAGAGUCACUCGAGCGGAUCCGCCCCAUCGUAGCGUUGGCCAAGACGAAAGAUAUCAGGGUCAGAGGAUAUGUUUCUGUGGCGUUGGGCUGCCCAUAUGAAGGUCCAGAUGUUCCCCCCUCCAAAGUCGCGGACAUCACGGCUACACUUCUUGAAAUGGGCGCUGAUGAAGUGUCGGUUGCCGACACCACUGGUAUGGGAACGGCUCCACGGACACUUGAGCUCCUGCAAGCACUCAAGGCUGCCGGUAUCGCAAACACAGAUCUGGCACUUCAUUUUCACGAUACGUACGGCCAAGCCCUCGUGAAUACCAUAGUGGGCCUGGAGCACGGCAUUCGGAUAUUCGACAGCAGUGUCGGAGGUCUCGGUGGCUGCCCUUAUUCUAAGGGUGCUACUGGCAAUGUAUCGACCGAAGAUCUUAUCCACACGCUGCAUGGACUUGGCAUGCAUACUGGAAUCAACUUGGAAGAGAUGUCCAAGAUUGGCUCCUGGAUUAGCAGCGAGCUGGGCCGGUUCAAUGAGAGCCGGGCGGGAAAGGCAAUUCUUGCGAGAAUUCAGGAACAGUGA